AGCCUUUACCCAAAAUUAUUUUGUACAUUUUUUGAAAUUUCGCGCGUUUUUCUUUUCGGUUCAGUGGAAAACUUGAAGUUGGUCAGAUUUAGCAUAGAACCACCUUUGGAAUUCUGAUGUGCCCCAAGUUGGGUCACACUGUGUGAAGUCGGGAACGCGUACACAACACGGAGCGGAGUGUGCCGAGAAAAAAAAGCGGAAAAGCCACCACCAGAGCGUGGAAGGGAAAAGGAAAAGCUGACAGAGAGGGUUCCCAAAAUCGCACUUCACCUGCAUUCUUCACGACUCUUCAAGAGGUUUCUAUUCGUCCAAAUUAGCAGAUUGAAAAAUAUUUGGAAAUUUAAACGAAGAAGAAACUUGCAUGGUUUGCUGAGUGUGUUGCCCCAGGCUCUGUCACCUGGUCAAUCCGCCCCCCAAUCCUUGUUUCGCCCAUCACUGCUCCCCCUCCCCAUUCGAAACAAGAGCAAAAUCUGCGGGGGAUGAGCCCGUUUGUUUUUGGGCAGGUGUGCGUUCCCAAAACAAGUGAAAAGGCAGCCAAGGCAGCGGCGACAAGAGAUAAAAGCUCCAGCAUCCUUAGCAUAAUUUAAUUCGCAAAAAUCGAAAACGAAACGAAAAACGAGAAAUCGGCUCCUUCGCGAGAGAGCCAGUGCAUGUGAAUUGUGUAUGUGUGUGUGUGAUUGUGCAAGAGUGUGAGUGAGCAGCAUCCUGGAAGCCAGCGAAAAAGACAGGAAAAAUAACAAAAAUAUAAAAACAGCAUAGACUGGGAAAUGGAGGAAUGCCGCUAAGGGUAGUGCCAGGAGCAGCAGCAACAGCAGCAGGAUCGGGAUAAGGACUAAGGACUAGCCUGGCCAGAGCAUCCUCCGAUGCCACCGCAUACACAUAGAUACAGAUACGCAUACACACACCCUGCUUUUGUCCAGGCAGCGGCGCAUAAUGCAGUGAUUAUAUAUCGCUCGUCUCGUGUCUCGUGCAAACUCCCAGCCCCCAGUGACAAUUAGCUCCUGGCCCACCCGGCAAAUCCACCCACAGGAUAUCCAUAGCCAUCAUACCCAAAACCCGUUACCACAAUAGCAAUAGAGGCAACCGAUCCCGUAACGCAUCAAGAUGACCACGGACUUUCUGUUUCCCAAAAUAGCGGACUGCUCCUACGUGUCCUGUUACUGCGAGGAGAACGUGUGGAAGCUCUGUGAGCAGGUGAAGCGGACACGACCGGAGGAGUUGUCCAAGUGCUACGCCGUCUUCGUUUCAAAUGAGGGUCGCACCGUGCCACUGUGGCGCCAGAAGGCCGGUCGCGGCGAUGAUCAAGUUGUGAUAUGGGACUACCACGUCUUCUUCAUGCACAAUCCCUCGCUGAAUCGCUGUUUGGUGUUCGAUCUGGACACCACGCUGCCCUUUCCCACAUAUUUCCACAAGUACGUGACGGAGACGUUCCGCUCCGAUCUGGCCCUGCGACCGGAGCACCACAGAUUCUUCAGAGUCAUACCCGCAGACACAUAUCUCAUUGAGUUCUCGUCGGAUCGACGUCACAUGCGUCGGCCGGAUGGCAGUUGGAUUAAGCCGCCGCCCUCGUAUCCACCCAUACUCUCCAACACGAACAUGCACUGUCUGGGAGACUUUAUCUGCAUGAGUGCAGGCAAAGGUCCUGGAGCGGUAUACAGCCUCUCGGAGUUCGUGCAGAAUUUCUACAAGUCGCCACACGUGAUGGCGCAAAACAACAAGUAGAGGAAGGGGCCAGGAUCGAGGAUCCAGAAAUGGGGAAUCUCAGAUUGAAACCCGGAUCAUGCACACCAAAUGCAUCCGACAUCCCACAGAUGGUGAACGCAUCCAGCAACGCAACCACAUCCAAAAUGCAAAUACAAAUCCGUAUCGAAAUCGUUUUGUCGUUGUCGUUACAAGACAGUUAAUUACCAAUUGCAUACAUAUACAUAUACAUACAUAUACACGCAAACAUAUAAAUAUAUUUAUGAUAAUGUAUUUUUGUAUUCAGGUUAACAGAAAUCAAAUGCAGAAGAAGGUUAAAACGCGCCGUGACCGCUCGCGGCGUUCAUUUGCAUUGAACUUCAAUUCUAAAGAAAUUAUAAAUCUAAUUAUACAUUUUUUUAUUGUACGUAUUGUAUUGUAUUGUAUUCGAUAAUGGCAACCACACAUAUAUGAUAGCCGAGGGCAGGCAGAGAUAUGAGAUUUUUAUUCGUUACUCUCCUCCAAAUACUUUUUGUAACUCUAAACCUAUAUGAAAAUGGAAAAGCACCAAUUACGAGUAAACAAGGCGGUUGGCGGAUAUCUGAUCGGAUAUACGCCGAUGUGCCCGAUAUACAUAUGGAUAUGGAUAUGAAUCUACUACCACUUUGCAUACUUCGCUACGCUCUCGAUUAUGUAAUUCAAUUCUUGGCUAGGCUCAAAGCUAACCCACACCUAACUCUAACUUACACUCUUAAAUCUAAACUAACAUUAGCCUCGACUCUAAGCGAUAUCGAAUUCGAAUUCGAGGUGGAAUUAUUGCAUUAAAGCUUGUUAACUUGUUUUACCGUA